CCUUCACGAAGUCGAUCAAAAAGGGGUAGUUGACCCAACCACGGUUCUGGCAUUGAACUUCAGGUCGUCAACCUGUGAUGGUGCAUCGACCAAGGGUAAGUCGACCAAAAAGGGAAAGUCGAUGAAGGUUCUGGCAUUGACCUUCGGAGAUCAAUGUAUUGGGGUGCAUCAACCAAGGGGAAGUCAACCUGCGGGGGUUGGCGUCGACCAAGAGGUUGGCCAACCCCUUGGUAAUUGGGGCUGUAUCAACCUUCAGAAAGUCGACCUAUUAGUAUUUUGUUAUCCAACUCAAUCGUAUUAACGUGUUAAUCUAACGAUAUGCUCAAUUAACUCCAAAAACUUGAGUUUAUAUACUUAGGAAUGCCAAAUGCAAUAUAGUGUACUCUUUACUCCACCUCAUACAAGUUGAUGUACUCAAUUGACCCUUAUCUCCAUUUAAAUAUCUUAUGAGAUGUUUAAUACCUUCAUAUAUAACCCCCAAAUUGGAUAGAUUGGCCUCCCCUCACACACGGGAAAUCUCGAAUACUAUCAUAUAUCCAUUUCGAUCUUCUACUUUAUUCAAUUAUUCUCACAUGUUUAACGGGCACUCUAACUCUCAAUGCAUCUGCUUCAAUCGGUGACCAGGGUGCAACCUUUAAUAAACGCACCAUUGCAGUCCCGUCCAAUCUAACCAAAGCUUACCGUCCUGAUCUGGAAUCAGCAGCCGCAUCUUAAUUAGUCACUUUUGGAUUUUUGUCACCUGACCUCCCUAUCCAUCUCAUUUGCAACUUUAGAUUACUUACUUUCCCUGUGAUCCUCUCCAACUUGUUAGCGUAGCAGAAGCAGCACGCCACACUCUGCAAAUAUCCUCCUCUAAUAGACUAUUAGAAACCCACUUUAGCCGGUCCCCAAAAUAUGUAUUCCUUGCCAAAGAUGAAAGACUAGAUACCCACUACCCACCUGUACUCUCCUGAUUAAUGAAAUGUUUACAUUUCUCAAGCCGUCAGCGAGCCAUUCUAGUUUGCUA